UGUUAGCACCUAAGCAGAGUUUAAAGGUAUGAAAGGGACAGCAAGAGAGAAGAAAGAAAAAAAAGGCUCGCCUUUUGAUGGCCUAUAUAAUUUCGAUUUCGAUGGGUGCGCGGAGCACAUGUAGAAAGAGAAAGGGCUUUUUUGAGUAAUAGGAUUAUUAUCAGUGAAAAGAGUUCCCUUUUUUCUCUGUAAAUAAAAGGGUUGUUGUUAUUAUUAUUAUUGCCUAGUGUUUGUUUUCAGAUCUGUGUCGUAUUAUUAAGCAGAACAAGCAAGGGUGCAAAGUGGGGGUGUUUUUUUGCUGGAUGAGUGGUAGCUGACACUCACUUAUGGCGUCUGAAACGGCGUCGUCGGCGGAUGAAGAAACCGUUGUUGUUGUUUCGGCUGCUGCGGGUGCAGGAGGAACUGAUAAGAGAGGCAAGCACCGGAUUCUUGCCGAACUGAAGCGUCUCGACCAAGAAUCCAAGUUUCUUCAGGAAGAAUUGGAAGAGCUUGAGAAAACAGAAAAUGUGUCGACCAUAUGCACAGAAUUGCUACAAAACAUAGACACUAGGCCUGAUCCAUUACUCCCAGAAGUCCAUGGACCCGUAAAUCUCUUAUGGGAUAGAUGGUUUGAAGGGCCUCAAGAUCCACAGGCAUGUAGAUGUUGGAUACUUUGAUUUGAAGCUGUGUGUCAAUUGCCUUGCGUUGCAAAUAGGAUGCCACAUAUAACUGCAUUAAAGUGACUCUGGAGUGAAGAAAAUGUUUGAUGACAUGUUAUACCACGCACACUAAUUCUAUAAUGGAUCCUUGCUUUUAUUACAUUAGAUUCUGUUCCGAAUACUGUUUAUGUGUAAUCACAUUCAUAUACUGCAUUCAACUGAGAAGUAUCAUUAUUUGUGCUUGUAAUCCCAAUCCAACUGUUAAUGCACCUGACCUUGGUGGACUUUCAUGUGUGCACGAGACGUUAGAGACAUUUUAGCAUCAUUCAGCCUUGAAGGUGGUGUGGCUUUUGGAAAGGCCUUUACAAUGCAAUGGUUUGACGAGUCAUCAACUAGUCCUGAAUGAUAACGAGAUUUUUUGGGCAGAGACCUCUUGGGGUUGGGAGAGCAAAGAAAGCUCAUAAUCCCUUGUUUGAGUCAUUUCACAAUUAAAUGUUAUGAUAAGAUUUUGUAAUCAUGUUACUUCUAAGCCUUUUUAAGUUUUGGUGUUUUAUUUAACAAGCCAUUACUUUUUGCGUGCC